UUUUCCACAGAAUGCAAGAAUGACCUCGCCUCCGAGUGCUCGCGACGGGGAGGCGAGUGCCGGAAGACGUGCGCCAGGUUCCAUCGGGCCGUCAACACCUCGUGCUCCAGCCCUUCGUGUAGUUGCUGUUCCAAGUGCGAGAGCGUUUCCUGUGAAGAGGCUAAAGACGGUAGCAUGUGUGUCACGGCCGCCUCCUACUGCCUGCACGGUUACUACGUGGACCCUGACAGCUGCAACGGCGACUGUGUCUGCUGCAAGCCAUGUUUAGCCAGUCAACAGUGCACGAAGGCUCACGGCUAUCCCGAGAACGUGAAAUUCGAUUGCAGGCCGGGAUAUCUAACUACCGAUGUCUCCGGUUCUUGCAAGUGUUGCAAACCAGAGGACCAAGGCCCUUGCCGCAGGAACGGGGAAAGAAAUAUGAGUCCAGCUGACUUCUGCGUCCCCGAGAAAUGUCCUCCGAAUUACUAUGAGUAUGAGACAGGGUGCAGCUCCAACGCUGGUCGGGAAUGCCGAUGCUGCGAGGCAGGAGGCUGGCAGCGGUGUCUAAAGGGAAAGAGCUGCGCAGAUAACGACGGAUGCUGCUCUUCUUCUGAUUGUCCUUGCUUGGGUUAUCACAACGUCACAGAGGGUUGUACCAGUCGAGAUGAUGUUGCAUGUACUUGCUGCCUGCACGAGUGCAAGCUGAUGCUUUUUUGAGGAUUUUUUCUCAGAUCACCUCCAGGAACAGCCGUCACUAGUAUCAGAGGGGAACAGUAUUUUUGCAUCUAGAAUCUAUCAUAUUUCUUUUCCCUCGAUGAAAUAUAGAAGUCAUAUAAGACCUGUGAUAAAAAAAUAUACUACUUGAAACUACUUGUAAGAAUAAAGCGCAUAAAUGAGUGAAAAAUAUAUAAAAGUAUUUUAAAUAAUCUACAAGGAUCAAAACUCCUGACAUGUUAUAGGUCCUCAUUUUUUUAACAUGGAUUGCGUUUCUUUAUUAUAUAAUAUAGUUUCCGAUUAUAUAAUGAACAAUUUGUUUAUCGAUUUUAUUUCUUGGUUAUAAAUUAUACAUAUUGAUUGUAGGUUAUAUCAUUUGAUGCUGAUUAUAAAAUUAUACUUUUAUUGUUUCAUUUACAACACAUUAAAAGGUUUUAUAAUAAUUGCAGAUAUUACUGUGUCAUAAUAACAAAAUAUAUAUCUAAAGAUUUAAAUAUAUAUAAAGAUUUAAAACAAAAUUGUACAUUUGCUUAAAAUCACCGCAAUGAAUUUAAAAUUGUGUAUUUAUAUAAUGUGAAAGAUAUUUAACAUUAAUAUCUUUGUCCGUCAAUUAAGUAAUUUACUUUGCAGUUUGAAUAAAUAAAGAUAAUAUCAAUAAGAUAAUUAAGUGUCUUGAUCACCAUUGGCAUAAUGUGGGUGUAUGUAUUUGAUAUAUAUUGUGGUAAUUACAAAUGUACUAAAACCUUC